UCAACUUUUCGGUGACCGGAUGUUGAAAUUCCAGUAGAGAAAUUCUAGUUACAAAAACAGAGAAACCCUUUUUGGAAUGGCUAGUCUGCAAAAAUCCGCUAGCAGUCAGCGGGGGCAAAUGCUCCACAAUGGCAUGGUGAACUAUGGCAGCGGUCUCGUUUUCGGCGGGAAUGUGUAUCCGGUGUUGGUGGACGGAGUGCCCAUGCAGCCGCCGGUGGCCGCUCAUCAUGCGGCGGUGCAUCAGCGCAUGCAGAUGCAGCAGAUUCGGCCGCAGGCGCCACAACCGACCCAGUGCCACAAACUCAUUGCUCCACAGCCGCCAUAUCAGCGGAGUGGCGUCCGAACAGGGACCCCUAGUCCCGCUCCUUCUUUCAUCUGCAAGCCGAACCAGCAGAACUUAGGGAGUUGUCCUGGUUCCCAAAACACCAAUCUCGCGACGAUGCAACAGCUGCAGGCUCAGAUUCUGCAGCAGCAAGAAAUGCAGGCUUUCGGCCAUUACGGCAACUACAAUUUGCAAGCGAAUGCGGGUGGCGACUCCGGAAGCUGGAACGGAUAUGCCAUGAUGCAGCCAGCGGAUGCCAAUAGACCGUAUUCCUUUGGCUGGAGCCUCACGGAUUAAGAGAUCUGUAGAUGUGUUGGGAAAAACUAUUAAAUUAAAUGUGAACUUGUAGAUAAUAAUUAAUGAAUAGUUGGUAUUGUAA